AUGGCUGGAGGCACCAUCACUGUGAGCGGGGGAGGGCGCGGCCCGUCAGUCGUAACCAUAGCUGCGCUCGCCGCCGCAGCGACAGCUGUCGGCCUGUCCUUGGUCGGCCUGCGAGGGCUGCGUCAAUGGGCCAAACGCGCGCAGAAAUGCGUGCCGCCCAGCGGUGGGCGGCGGGCCUUGUCGUGGCGCAGCGUAUUUACCGGCGAGAAGCACGGCGGCGCGGAAAAGGAGAGAGAGCGCGUGGCUCAUUUAUUUCCGCUGGUGGAACGGUCGGCGAGUUCGGGGAAAGUGAAACGGAUCGAGCGAUUCGGCGAAUACGUUGUGCGCCAGCUGGGGCUGCCCACGGACCUGGCGGCGGUGGCGCUACUGGCGCAGGCGGCGGACGACUACGUGCGGGGCGAUAAGAGCACAUCCGAUAAGAGCCGCGCCAACCUGCUCGCGCUCGUCGCGCAGACAGGGGGAGGCAGUGCGGAAGGGGAGGCGGAGGCGGGGGAGGAGUUGGGGGAGGAGCUGAUCGCGGAGCUGGACGCGUGCAUGCUGUCGUACUUUGGCUUCCACUGGCCGCACUCGGCGCUCAUGAUCGAACAGGUAUUCCGAGGGCCCAGCAGUAAGCUGCACUUGCGGGACGCCGUCAACGCCGUCAUCCGGCAGAGGCGGUUCAACGAGGCCAUAACGUGUCUGCGCCCGCAGCAGCGCUUCUCCCAGCUGCUGGAAGAAAUGAAGUUCCCCACUUCCUCCCCCUCUCACUCCCCCUCUCACUCCCCCUCUCGCUCUCCUUCGCACUCUCACUCUCCCUCCCGCUCGCCCUCCCGCCCGCGCCCGUCAAGUGCGGAGGUCCUGAGGGAGGGGGAGGUGAUGGUGCCGGCAGCAGCGGCGGUGCGUUCCCCCGUGUUGCUUCUGAUUGGUGGGGGCAUGGGCGCCGGCAAGUCAACUGUGGUCAAGGAGAUCAUGAAACGCACCUUAUGGGCGCGCAUGGCCCCACACGCACCCCAUGCAGUGGUCGUGGAAGCAGCAGACACCUUCAAGGAAAAGUACGCAAACUUACGAGCGCUCUCUGUCCCCUCUUCCCUCGUCUCCCAUUCUCGCCUCUUCUUCCCCCUGCAGCACAUUUUGGGCGCACAUGGCCCCACAUGCAGUGGUCGUGGAAGCAGACACCUUCAAGGAAAUGUACAAAAUCUCCAGAGCGCUCUUUUGUGCUUCUUCAAUCCUCCUUCCGCCCCUCCCCUUCUAUCCUUCCCCUUUCGUCCCCCCCACAGCACCUGUUGGGCGCGCAUGGCGCCACACGCAGUGGUCGUGGAAGCCGACGCGUUCAAAGAAAAGGACGCCAUCUUCCGCGCACUCUCCGCCGAGCGGCUGAGCGACGCCGCCCGCAUCUCGCAACUCGUGCACGAGGAGUCAACCCGGGCGGCGCAGUCAACGCUGGUAACCGCGCUGAACGAGGGGCGGGACGUGAUCUUCGAUGGGACCAUGUCGUGGGCGCCGUUUGUGCAGCAGACCAUUGCCAUGGCUAGACGGGUGCAUGAGAGGCGGUUCAGGAUGGGCCCGGGGUAUCAAGUGAAAGAGGAUGGGAGUGUGGUGGAGCGGUAUUGGGAGGAGGUGGAGGAGGGGAGUGAGGGCGGGAUGGAGGAGGGGAGGGGAGAGAGAGGGGAGGAGGAGGGGAAAAUCAGUGGGGAGGAGGAUGGGAGGGAGCAAGAGGGUGGCGAGGAGAUGGGGAGCGAGAGAGGGGAGAGGGAGGAGGAGAGGAGGAGGGAUCAGCCAGGGAAGGAGGGUCAGCACCGGCCCAAGAGGCACAGCAGGCAGAGGGGGGCCGGGGAGCAGCGGCUGCCGUAUCGCAUCGAGCUGGUGGGCGUGAUGUGCGACGCCCACCUGGCUGUUGUGCGCGGCAUGCGGCGCGCCAUCCUGACCAAGAGAGGAGUGCCGGUACAUGAGCAGCUGCGGUCGCACAAGCUAUUUGCCAGCAGUGUGGAGGCGUACUGUGACCUCGCGGACGUGGCUACACUCUACUCCACUAAUCACAUGGGCGGGCCGCCUCAGCUCAUAGGCUACAAGGAGGGCACGUCACCCCCGAGAAGCGCACCAACCACCCCACCGUCCACCCCAACCAGCAUGAUCACACCGCCUACAAGCACGCCCCCCAGCACGGGCGCCAUCUGCAGCGGAGGGGUGUGCAGCCACCUGCUGGUGGACUCAGAGGCAUUUCAUUUGGUCUCCGACUUGAAGCGCGUCAACCCCCGCGCCUCCUGCGUUCUCGAGCUUUACUUUAAGGAGGGAGAGGGGGAUGGGGAUGGAGAGGGAGGGAGGGGGGGCAGGAGAAACCUCUGGUGGCUGCCCGGAUGGUGGUUGUCCCUGUGGGGCUGGAGAAACCGGGCAGCACGGGCAGGCGGGGAAAAGUUUGGGCCGGGCAGCACGUGGAGGGAGGUGGUACUGGCGGAGGAGCGGGCGGCGCGGCAGGCUCGACUGAGGGAGGCGUUUACUGAGCUGCAGGCGUGCCUUCUCAACCCACUGUCCCUCUUCGCCUUUUUUUUUUUCCCUACCCUUUUUCCCUUCCCCCUGCCGCCCCUCCUUCCCCCUUUCGCCACGCACCUUCCCUCUCCACCACGCCCCGUCCCCGUUCUGCCACUCCCCCUUUUCCCGUCCGCCGCUCCGCUUCCCCCUCCGCCAGUGCGCCAGCUCGGUCUCCCCACGGACCUGGCGGCGGUGGCGCUACUAGCGCAGGCGGCGGACGACUACGUGCGGGGCGAUAAGAGCACAUCCGAUAAGAGCCGCGCCAACCUGCUCGCGCUCGUCGCACAGACGGGGGGUGGGCGGGUGAUGGGGAAGGGGGAGGCGGGGGUGGAGGCGGAGGCGGGGGAAGAGGGGGGGGCGGGGGAGGAGGCGGGAUUAAGGCGGGGUUCAGAGGAGUUGGGGAAGGAGCUAGUUGCGGAGCUGGACGCGUGCAUGCUGUCUUACUUUGGCUUCCACUGGCCGCACUCCGCGCUCAUGAUCGAACAGGUGCGUGGGAGGGCACGGGGUGGGGAGAGGGGCAAGGGGAGCACAUGCAUCCCUACCACCCCCGUGCGCCCAUCCCCGUGCGCCCAUCCCCGUGCGCCCAUCCCCGUGCGCCCAUCCCUGUGUUCCCAUCGCCAUGCGCCCAUCCCCAUGCGCCCAUCCUCAUGCGCCCGUCCCCAUGCGCCCGUCCCCAUGCGCCCGUCCCCAUGCGCCCGUCCCCAUGCGCCCGUCCCCAUGCGCCCGUCCCCAUGCGCCCGUCCCCAUGCGCCCGUCCCCAUGCGCCCGUCCCCAUGCGCCCGUCCCCAUGCGCCCGUCCCCAUGCGCCCGUCCCCAUGGCUGAACGACGCCGCCCGCAUCUCACAGCUGGUCCACGAGGAGUCGACCCAGGCGGCGCAGUCAACGCUGGUAACCGCGCUGAACGAGGGGCGCGAUGUGAUCUUUGAUGGGACCAUGUCAUGGGCGCCGUUUGUGCAGCAGACGAUUGCAAUGGCUAGACGGGUGCAUGAGAAGAGAUUCAGGAUGGGCCCGGGGUAUCAAGUGAAAAAGGAUGGGAGUGUGGUGGAGCGGUAUUGGGAGGAGGUGGAGGAGGAGGAAGAGGAGGUGGAGGAGGAGGAGGAGGAGGAGGAGGAGGAGGAGGAGGAGGAGGAGGAGGAGGAGGAGGAGGAAGAGGAUGAGGAGGAGGAGGAUGAGAGUGUGGUGGAGCGAUAUUGGGAGGAGGUUGAUGAGGAGGGGGAGAGUGAUAGAAGAGUGGAGGAGGGGAGGGAGAGAGGGGAGGAGGAGGGGAGGGCAAUAGAGGGUGGAGAGGGAAUGGGCAGCGAGAGAGGGGAUGGGGAGGAGGAGAGGAGGAAGGAAAAUCCAGGGAAGGAGGGUCAGCACCGGCCCAAGAGGCACAGCAGGAGGAGGCAUGGGAAUGGGCUUGCGGUGCUGGUGGGCGUGAUGUGUGAUGCCCACCUGGCUGUUGUGCGCGGCAUGCGGUGA